GUCAGUCCGUUUCCCUUGGAGCUCUUUCAAUGUAACACCCGAUCAUGAAUCGGAGACUCGUUCCGAUGCGCGAGGACUGCGUGUACACGAGCUGCUACUGUGAAGAAAAUGUCUGGAAACUCUGUGACUCUGUCAAAAAACAGAGAACCGCACCGCUGGAACAUCUGUUUGUGAUCUUCAUCUCCAAUGAGACGAGAACGGUUCCUCUGUGGAAGCAGAAGUCUGGACACGGAGACCUGCCGGUUAUAUGGGACUACCAUGUGAUCCUGCUGCAGGCAGAUCAAUUGGACUCUCUAGUGUAUGAUCUGGAUUCAACGCUCUCGUUUCCCUGCAGCCUGAAGCUUUACGCUGCCCAAGCCUUACGCUCAGAGAGUGACAUCAGACCAGAAUACCACAGGAAGUUUCGUGUGGUUCCUGCUGACAGCUUCCUGUUGAACUUCGCAUCUGAUCGAUCUCACAUGAGGAACUCUGAUGGAUCGUGGAAGAUGCCUCCCCCUACGUACGCCCCUAUAUGCACUGCAGAGUGCCAGAUGAACCUAGAUGGUUUCAUCAACAUGGACCCUGCCAUCGGCUGGGGUGUGGUCUUCAGUCUCAACCACUUCCUGCAGAGAUACAUUGGAAGCACCUCAUCAGCCUCCUCCUCAUCCUCUUCUUCAGCAGCAGCAAGAUCGUGAUAGUUGUGGUUUUGAGGUUUUUUUGUUUGUGGGCUCCAGAUGUUUGAAGUGGAAUGAAGAGUCCUCCUGCUGGUUGCUGUCCCACAUGACCAUGUGAAACGAAAUUGGUUCUUGGAACUGUGUAAAUUCACCGUUGUCCCACCCCCUUAUAAAAUGCAAGAGAUUUUGAUAGUUGUUCAGCCAAAAAACAUCAAUGUAAUAAACAUAUUGAUCAUU